CCCGUGCGGCGCGGCGGGCGGUGCCGAGGCAUGCGCCGUGCUUCACCCGCCCGCCCGCCGCGGCCCCGGCUGGGCGCUCGGCUCGGUGCGGGCGGCAGCCCCGCGGCGGGGCACGGCACCGGGUUGCGCUACGCCCUCGGCGGCAGCGCGUUGCACAGCCCCCCGGGGACAGCCGAGUGGUGCCCCCAUGCGGGGAAUGUCACGCGUCGAGGUGCAGCCCCUGCACGACCCACGCGGCCGGCACCGCGGGUAUGGGGUGCCCGGGAACUUCCCCGGGGCACCGGCGGCGUGGGCUGCGGGCUUCCCUUGGCGGCACAGCAGGCUCUGGAGGCUGGUUUUCCUAUAGUUAUUUUUAAGAGAGAAAAUCUUCUAAUGGAAAGCCCAGAAUAGCUCCUGGUGUUUGGAAGCCGUGCGGGUAGCUCUGGGUGCUGAGCUGUGCCCCGUGUGGGGGUCCCCGAGCACACAUCACAGUGUGGGGCCACGGGCAGCUCCCUGUGCCCGGGGUGAGGCGGUCGUGCCAGCAGUGCCUGCUCGCUGCUUCAUCCCAAGGAGUCUAAUUAUAGCCGAGAGGCUGCAGCGCCAGCGGGCACAGUGAGCUCAGGCGUCUCCUUGGUGGGGAGAAGCCUGCUGGGCUGUGGUGGCACUGUGGGGUGCCUGUGGUGCUGUUGACGGCCUCGCUGACUUGCAGGUGUUGGGCUUGGCAGCACCCAGGACUGCCCACCCCAAUGGAGCAGAGGGUGCCCUAGGAUGCCUCCGGCCGCAGCCCCGCAGCGCCCUGCUGACGGUGCCCCGUCCCUCCACCAUGCACGAUGAGCAGCGGCUGCCCGGCAAUGCGGUAGCCUGGCUGGCGUGUGCCGGCAUCUCGCUGCUCGCCAACGCCUGGGGCAUCCUCAGCAUCAGUGCCAAGCAGAAGAAGUGGAAGCCGCUGGAGUUCCUGCUGUGCUCCCUGGCAGGCACCCACAUCCUCAACACCGCCAUCCCCAUCACCACAUACGCUGUGGUGCAGCUCCGGCGGUGGCACUCAGGCUAUGAGUGGAAUGAGGGGCUCUGCAAGGUCUUUGUCUCCACCUUCUACACCCUGACGUUGGUUACCUGCUUCUCUGUCACCUCCCUCUCCUACCACCGCAUGUGGAUGGUCCGCUGGCCCGUCAACUACAGGCUGAGCAACACACGGAAGCAAGCCGUUCACACUGUGAUGGGCAUCUGGAUGGUCUCCUUCAUCCUCUCCACUCUGCCAGCGGUGGGGUGGCACGACACCACUGAGCGCUUCUACGCCAGGGACUGCCGCUUCGUCGUGACAGAGAUUGGCCUGGGCUUCGGCGUCUGCUUCCUGCUCCUCAUUGGGGGCAGUAUGGCUGUUGGUGCUGUCUGCAUUGGCAUCGCUCUCUUCCACACUGUCUUGGGUCGACGUGGCCCCGAUGCCAGCAACAGCCGCUUCCACGUGCCCACCAUCGUGGUGGAGGAUGCCCAGGGCAAGCGGCGCUCCUCCAUUGACGGAUCGGAGUCCGUCAAGACCUCCCUGCAGAUCACCUACCUGAUCACCGUCAUUGUCCUCGUCUAUGACAUCCUGAUGGGCUUCCCAGUACUGGUGGUGAGCGCUGCCAGCCUGCGCUCGGACACCUCCUCCGAGUGGAUGGUGCUGUGUCUCCUCUGGUGCUCGCUGGCACAGUCCCUGCUCCUGCCCCUCUUCCUUUGGGCCUGCGACCGCUACCGUGCCAACCCACGUGCUGUCUGCGAGAAGUGCCGCACCGUGCUGGCCAAUGACGAUGAGGAUGAAGAGAGCAGCCUGGAGGGCACGGUGGCCGUGGCAGGAGAGCUGGUGUACGACCGCCCCUACGAAUACGGCUGCGCGGCCGAGGUCCUGGUGCUGGACCCUAUCGCCACGCGUGACUUCUCAGUGCUGGAGCAGGGCCUCCCCCCAGUGAGCCCUGCCAGGACGGAGCCGGGGGACCGCAUGCAGUACCUGCAGGUGCCCCCGCUGCGUCGCUUCUCCCAUGACGAGACAGACCUGUGGACCAGCAGCCAGGUUGCCGCGUACCUGCAGCGCUGGGGGUCGGGCGGAGAGGCGGUGGGGCUGGCCCGGCUCCUGGCCCCCCACCGUGACCGGCCCCGCCACGGCCUCAGCCCCCACCCCGACGAGCAGCUCGCCUACCGCCGCCGCCGCUCCGCCGACAGCCUGGCCGUCCCGCUGCGCCUCUCCCGCGAGGACCUUCGCCUGGCCGAGCUGCACGCGUUCGGCGGCGAGCCGGGAGCGGCGGGCGGCACGGGGCGCUCGGCCUCGGUGUCGUUGCUGCCCGCGGCGGCGCAGCACCGGGCGCUGCUCUCCCCCUUUCCUCUGGCCGCUCUCCAGCGGGAGCCCCGGCGGCCGCCCGGCCCCACGGGCGGCCUCGCGGUACCGGGGCAGCUGUUGGCCCCCGAGGACCCGGCGCGGCUCCUCGCCCCGAUGCCCGCCGGGGGCUGCGCGGGGCGGGCGCAGCGAGGGGGGCCGGGCGCGGAGCCGUGGGCGGCGAGGCCGGGCCUCGGGGACGGCGGCCGGGGCAGCACCAGCAGCUUCCUCAGCUCGCCGUCCGCCUCCUCGGGGUACAUCACCUUCCUGUCGGACUCCAUCGGCUCGGCCUCGUAGGGCGCGGCGCGGGGGCACAGGCCGCGCGGGACGGCCCGAGGGGAGCGCGCCGGGGCCGGGCCGUUUGCCGGCGUUAAGGACUGCACCGCGGGACGCGUUCUUUUUUUUUUGUCGUUUAUGUUUUUCAAUUUUCAAUAAUAAAAGGCUGCACAGA